AGGUAUGUAGGAACCCAGAACACUAAAAAAAACAGUCCGGCUGAUAUGGCCGCGGAACCGCCAACCACAUGCCGUUUUGCCAGCCUUAGAAGGGACUUGGAACAGAACAGGAAGAACAUUUCGUGCGGGUAGUUCUGUUUUGUAGUAGGUACCUACUAUUUCGUUUCGUGCUUUGUAGUGGUCGGUCGGAAAAAAUAUGUUUCAGAUUUUGUGAACGGAUUGAUCCCCCACCCACCUCCUUGCACUUGUUAUUAUUGUUUUGCCAGUUAGCGCUGCGCUGACCUAGAAGGGUCGAUUUAUGUUCGGUCAGAGCAGUUAAGAAGUCAAGGGGAGUCCGCAGAAAAAUUGCACUAUUCUCGCGUGUGUACACUUUUUCAUAAGGUUUAUUGGACCGUUACGUGCCGUAAUACGUGGAAUGUCAUAAAGCAUGGUUUGAGUGUGGAAUUACGAUUUACAUGUUUGUCCCUUCAGUUCAGUGAACCUGGGCUGGAAAACAAAAACCGGCGGGAAAAGGCUCCGGAUUAGUCCGGUGAGAUGGGUCAGUUUUCUUGCUACGGAGUUGGUGAAAUGUUGUAAAAAUAAUUUUCUCGAGCGAUAUUGAGUGCCUAAUUACGCUGGGAAAUGGUUCAAAUAGGUAAAAAUGGCUCGGCCAAAAGUGCCGGUUUUUUCGGUAGUUUUAAAUCGCUGUUUCGAAAGAAAUCGGAAGCCACAAAAGUCAUCAACUUCCCAACGGCAACCGGGAGAGCUCCGAUUGCCGAUCCUGAAGCAAGCGAACCUUCUUCGUUGGUUUCGAAUGUAGCCGAAGAAAAUAACAACAAAAACGACGGCAACACCAUAUCGAUUCCGGUCGAUGUGAAUCGUUAUGAGAUUAGAAAACCAGUGAAAGCGAGGAAAGCGCUGCGGCAAACAACAAAAAACAAAUGUUCUGUCGUCGAUGGAAACCAGGAAGCCCGUUCCGUUUUGCCACCGGUGCGGAGAAAAUCCUUCGGCCGUCGAAUAAAUAACCUGUGGAAUAAUUUUGGGCUGCUGAAAAGUUCGGAAAAGAUUGCCGAAUUUUCCACCGGAUACGCUGCUUUCCAACAUGUGCGCGAUAACCUCGAGGACCUCAACGGAAAACCCGAGGUCAACGAUACGGAUUUGGUGUUUUUGCAGGGAAUUCUGGAAAACCCCGCCGUAACCCAAGUGAUCAAGAUCCAGGAUAAGCUUGAAGAAGUAGCGCCCCCGAUAAAGCCAACGCGCCUCAACAAUAUUCCAUUGCUGCGUGAAGUCGUCGAUCGGUGCAGUUUGUCUCGGAAUCCCCAUGCCCGGGAACUAGCUCGAAUAUUCCGCUAUCCACACUUCCGGGCCCUGAUCGAAUCCCACGACGAGGUCGGCGAGAUCACAGUACAAAAGCUCCUGCAUCCACCCGAGCCGGAAUCGCCCGGAAGUAGCGGCGCCAGCAGUUCCGAGGAAAUAGACGGCGGAGGCCCAUUGGCUUCAGCAACGAUCACCACAUCCACGACGGCCAGCAAAAAAGGCAAGGGCGGAGGGAUGCCGGGGGAAACGAUCAAAAUGGUCGGAAUCCGGCGGAAUCCGAACGAACCCCUGGGGCUCACCGUCGAGGUGGACGAUCACGAGCAGCUGGUGGUGGCCCGAAUCAUUGCCGGUGGGAUGAUCGAUCGCCAGGGCCUUCUGCAUCCGGGUGACGUCAUCUUGGAAGUGAACGGAGUCGAGGUGCGGACACCGGAAGAUCUACAGACUGAAAUUUCCCGGGCCAAGGAAUCGGUCACCCUCAAGAUCGGUCCCAGCCUGGAGGAGGAGAUGAAAUCUGCCCGCAUUGUAAUGGCCGGUGGCAAGGUAAAAAGUGGGAAAAAUUUAGAGCCAGGGAAGAAACUGACGUGCUACAUGCGGGCUCUGUUCGAUUACGAUCCGGCCGAGGACAAUCUGCUGCCCUGCCAGGAGAUUGGCUUAUCAUUCCAGCGGGGUGACAUCCUGCAGAUCAUCAACGUGAAAGAUCCCAACUGGUGGCAGGCCCGUCAUGCCGGCGAGGACGGAUCCAUUGGGCUGAUUCCAUCGCAGGAGCUGGAGGAACGUCGGCAGGCCUACGUUCCACCGGAGGCCGACUUCGUCCACAAGAUCAGCAUUUGCGGAACGAGGAUCUCUAAGAAGAAACGUAAAACGAUGUACAAAACUAAGCAAAACAACGAAUUCGAUAAGGCAGAUCUGAUGCUGUACGAGGAAGUUACCAAAAUGCCACCCUUCAAGCGGAAAACUUUGGUCCUGGUCGGUGUUGCUGGGGUGGGUCGUCGAACGUUGAAGAACCGGCUGAUCAACAGCGAUCCGGAUAAGUUUGGCUCGGUGUUACCACAUACCACACGACAGCCGAGACCCUUGGAGGAAAGUGGCAAGGCCUAUUGGUUUACCGAUCGGGAAACCAUGGAAGAUGAGAUACGGCUGAAUAACUUCCUGGAGCAUGGAUCACACAACGGUAAUCUUUACGGAACACAUUUGGACUCCAUUCGGGACGUCAUUCGACAAGGUAAAAUGUGCGUCCUGGAUUGUUCGCCGCAGGCUUUGAAAAUUCUGCACAACAGUGCCGAGUUUAUGCCGUACGUGAUCUUCAUUGCCGCCCCCGGGAUGGAACAGCUUAAGCAGCUGUACUCGGAACGUCGAUCCGCCCAGGGGUCCAUGAGAAGUUUGCAGUUCGACCGUCAAAGCUCCAUCCGGUUCAGUUCCCGCCGGGCCAGAACCCUGGAAUCGCUGGCUUCUUUGUACGAGGAUGAUGAUUUGGUGUCGGCCGUAGAGGAAAGUGCCUUGCUGCAACGAAAGUACGACAAAUAUCUGGACAUGGUGAUCAUCAACGAGGACUUUGAUGUGACGUUCCGUGCCGUAACGGACGCACUGGAAGCGCUCAGCCACGAGCACCAAUGGGUUCCGGUUAAUUGGAUCUACUAGUUUGGGACAAAAAGUUCUGAAACAAAAAUAAAUAAAUAAAAAAAACGCAGCGAAUCAUGUGUUCAAAUAUCGAAUCGAAAGUAUCAAUCUCUGUAGUGUUGUAGCCAUAAAAACGCGCAUGCAUUCGAGAAACAUUUAAAAUAUAAAUCUACCCCUAGGGUGAGAGACAUCGUUUUACAAAACUUAUAUUUCCAUAUCCUCAAAUAAUAAUCAACAAUACAAUCGUGUUACGAAUGAAACCGUAUCAGUCAUUUUAGAUCUAUUCGUGUAGAAAGGGACAAAAUCCCUCCUCCGUCAUAAAUCGUACUAACUAUACAGCUAAGUGAUACUCAGCUACUGAAUCUAAACUUUACUUCUCUCGAGAUAAGAUUUGGAGGAAAGUCAGGGAGAGUAUAAAUCAAAAUAAAUAUUUCCAAAAAUCGGAAGCAGCAAACCACGAUAGCAUUUAAGAGCUUAGGCUGUAGGCAUUUUUUUACCAGAAAGAUCUGUUUCGUCCAUUAUUUUUUAGUUUUGUGUUAAGUUUAGAUCUAGGUUGAACAUCUUUCGCUGAUUAUUUUUAAAUGUUCCCAAUUCUUAGGAAAUCAAACAAUCAAAAUUUUCUAAUGAGUUAUAGCAAAAGAUAAUCUCUCAACUUCUCAAUUGAGUUCAUGUUUUUCUCUUCUAAAACAGUUCAACUACCUUUAUUAUGAAAAAUUUUAAAAGUCACCAAGUGAAGAUGAAAACCGUAGUUACAAAAUCGUAAACCACGUUUAGUAGUGUUAAGUUCAAGAUCUGUUUCAAACUUUUAUUCGUUGUAUAUUUUCAGAAGCUCUAUCGACUAGAUUUAUCUAAAACAAAUAAAAACUUGAACGACAAA